UCGACUAUGGCUGGCGUAGGAUCACACAUACAACACACUGGUCUUAUUAAAUCAGUGUAAAUUACCCACGACAAAAGCGGACAGUAGUGGAGUGUUUUAUUACAUAUUUAUAUAUUCAUUAUUAUUUUUCUUGUUUAUGGAGGUUAAUACACCAUUCCAACAAUCCGGUAGGAGUGGUUUCAUUGGCGGGUGUUUAUCAAAACAAAGCCAAGCUAACGUGGACGUGAGCGGCUAAUACUAGCCGAAAAGCUAACGAUGGACUGUGAAGUGUCACAUUUUACGAAUUUUAACGGGAAUGAAAGCAAAUAGGGGUAAUAUGUUAUCAGCCAUGGAUAGGUCGGACGGUGUUUUCGUGUUCUUUGUAGCAGGCUACUCAUAGUGUUGUAUAUCUAUGACUACUCCUCUGUAACGUGACGUCAUCGCUCCACUGUUGGUGAUGUCAGUCUUGUCAGUGCAUUGUAAAUCAUGAACAAGGGCGAGUAUCAGCAAAUUGACCCACAGACCAUCAGGACACCCGCCCAAAUCUCGCCGGGUCACCGCCAGCAGCACAGCAACCAAGGGGAGGGUGGCAGCAGCAGCUGCAGCAGCUGCAGCAGCAAGGAGGUCGAGCGGCCGAGGAGACCCAGGAGGAGAUGGGAGGUUUUCCCAGGAAAGAACCGCUUCUUCUGCAAUGGCCGGCUCAUAGCGGCACGCCAUAACGGGGUUCUGCCCCUCACCCUCUGCCUUAUCCUCGUCACCUGUGGUUUAUUCUUCAUAUUUGAUUGCCCCUUUCUGGUCAAACACCUGACGAGCUGCAUACCCGCAAUCGGAGGAGUCCUCUUUGUAUUUGUGGUCGUCACCCUUCUGCAAACCAGCUUCUCAGACCCCGGCAUCCUGCCUCGGGCCACGCCGGACGAGGCGGCUGACAUUGAGAAGCAAAUAGACACUACGGGGAGUACAGGCUAUCGCCCUCCUCCACGCACCAAGGAGGUGCUCAUCAACCAGCAGUUGGUUAAGCUCAAGUACUGCUUCACUUGCAAGAUGUUCCGACCUCCACGGACUUCCCACUGCAGCUUGUGUGACAACUGUGUGGAGAGAUUUGACCAUCACUGCCCCUGGGUGGGCAACUGUGUGGGGAAGCGCAACUACGGUUCCUUCUACACCUUCAUCGUCUCCUUGUCUUUUCUUACGGUGUUCAUCUUUGGUUGCGUGACCACGCAUCUUGCCCUGAGAGCUCAGGACGGGAAAGGCCUGUUUUUUGCCCUUCAGCAGAGUCCCGGCAGUGCCGUGGAGCUCGUAAUAUGUUUUUUCUCAGUCUGGUCCAUACUGGGCCUCUCAGGCUUCCAUACAUACCUCGUUGCUACCAACCUCACCACAAAUGAAGAUAUUAAAGGUACUUGGUCCGGAAAGAGUGGCGCUGAAGAUGUCACUAACCCAUACAGUCACAGAAACAUCUUCAUCAACUGUUGCUCAGUGCUUUGUGGACCCAUGCCGCCCAGUUUGAUCAACAGACGAGGUCUCCUGCCUGCAGACGAAGCCCUUCAGACCAGCACAGACAUUGAAGUGCCGUCCGUGUCCACUAAAAACGAGAUAAACGUGUGUAAACACGGAGCUAAAGGUGUGCUGGACUCCACCUCUCAAGCCUCAUGUCCUCAGGGAAACAGCCCGGGAGUGAACUCUGACCCCUUAGCUGGCCCCUCCACGAACUGCGGGUCCCACAAACCGAGGAAUACCUCCGACGUACAGCACAAGACAAAAACCAGGAAAACGACUAAUAAAAAGGCGGCUUUGCCGACACCCAACUCCGUCAUCCAUGUCCAAGCGUCCUUUCUAGAUGGGGACGCCGCCUCCAAAUCGAGGCAGCAUAUAGGUGCCAGGACACAAAAAACACACAAGUAACAAUCUAAUUUUUCUACGUAUGGUUCAUUGACCGUGCUGGAUUGUGUGUGAAAUCAAUCAUAUUGUUUUUGCAACAGAAGAGAUGCCGUUUGUACAGUGAUACAUGCUCAAGUAAAGGUACACUUUUUACUUAUUUCCUAUUGUAGCAUUCCUAUGCUUCCAGGUGUCCGCUGAAAUAAAUGCACUACAAACUUGGGUCAACAUGCAUAAUGUAAUAUUGCACGACCCUGUUCAAAUGGUGAGCACAGAAAAUCACCUCGUUUUUAUCAUUUGGUUGUGCACCUGAGCUAAAUUAGUAUAGUUGCCUGCGCUUAUGUUAUGUAUGUUUACAUUGUUUUUUUUCCUCGCGAUGAAGUGUCUCCCGUCCAGUUUUCCUGUCCUUUCUCCCAGUUGCCUCUAUGCUGUCCCACACACACCAUGCAGGUGGUGCAGUGUACAAUAUGCAAGUCAAAAAGUGAUCAUGCACCUGGAAUGCAUGCAUGAAAUAGUAUGAUUUAGCCAGUUGGAACUCUUCAAAAUAAAGGACCAUGACAUUAA